AUGCAUCCACGCAAGCUGUGUUCAUGCCUCCUGGCAGCCACCAGCGCUCUCGCCGCCAAGAUAUAUCUGGCCGGAGAUUCCACAACGGCGACAAUAGCUGGCGCUGACGGAACUCAAGGAUGGGGAACUUACUUGAAAGAUCGCGUGAGUCUGGAGGUCGUCAACAAUGCCAUCGGUGGACGUUCCACCAGAAGUUUCACCCGCGAAGGACGAUUUACGGCCAUGGCCAACAAUGUUGCCAAGGGCGAUUUCGUCGUCAUUGAGUUUGGACACAAUGAUGGUGGAGGUCUGAGUACCGACAACGGACGAUCAGUCUGCGGUGUUGUCAACAACGAUUACAGCACUACUUGCCAGACCACUUACAACGGCGUCCAGGAAACCGUCCAGACCUACUACACCUACCUUGUCAACGCGGCGAAAGUUUUCCAAAGCAAAGGUGCCAUUGUGAUCAUCGCCAGCCCAACGACCAGGAACGUCUGGGAAGGUGGCAAUUAUGCCUACACUCCCAGCCGCUUCGUUGGUUAUGCUAAAGACGCAGCAGCUGCUGUUGGGGCCACUUUCGUCGACCAUCAGAUCUACGUUGCGGAGCUCUAUCGCAAAGCGGGAUCAGACACCGUGAACUCAUACUACCCCAAUGAUGCUCUGCACACGUCCCCUGCUGGCGCGCAAGUUGUGGCGAGAGCUUUUGUGCUUGCUUUGGAUGCGACGAGCAGUGCGUUGAAGCAGUACAUCACUCGGAGGUGA